AUGUAUUUAAUUAAAACGGUUCUAAUAUUGCUACCAUUCAUGAUAGAAACUAGUAGUGUUCAAAUCUAAGCAGAUGAAGCAAAAGGUCAAGUUUAUAACUGUGCAAAUAUUGAACUAACUGGAUUAAUUGGAGGUGAUCCAUUACCAAUCGAUGCAAGCAAAGAACGAUAUAUAACAUUUGAAGGCGAUGUAAGGUUUUCUCAUAAAACACAUAAACAAACAAUGGAUAGUUUAAAAGAAGGGAAGGAUUAUUUUGGAACAAACUCUAUUCAUUAUAGUUCAGUUUAAAAUGGAAUAUAUAUUUUUGUUAUUGAGAAAUCUCAAGAGAAUAUUAUAUAAACCUAUAUUAAGACAACUUUGAAGAGAAGUUAUAAAGUUGCUCAGAUUCCUUAGGUUUUCUAUUUAAAGACAAUUAUAGAAGGAGAGAAAAAAUAUGCUAUUCAUUAAAUAACAAUGAGUGAUAAAAAAGAAAUGAAAAGAGAAUUAUUUAAAGAAGAGAAAGAAACAAUGCAAUCAGUAAUAUUUUGAAUUUAUAAGAGUUCACUGGUUUACAAUUUUCAAAGAAAUUUGUAAACAUUGUUUUUGCUACUUUAGAGACUGGUACUAUUUAAGAUUUUACAGCUGAUGAAAGUUUUCUUUCAGGAGUGAAAACUAUAUUAGAUGAAAUUUAAAAUGGAAGUAAUAAGAAAAUACUAUUCCUUAGAAAAAUGUGAAGAAUUCUUUUGCAAACCUCCAACAUUAGAAUAAUUAGGAAAAUUAUUAUCUGACUUACCUGCUAAUAAAAUUUAAUGCUCUAAAAAAUAAUGUACUUAUUCUGAAGGAAGUGAAUAAAAACUAUUAUUUACAAAAAGUAAAACGUACUUUUGUAUUUUUUAAUAGUACCAUUUCUUUAAACUGAUAAAAAUUUCAGAUAUCUAGAUAAACCUAAUAAUGGUAUGCUUAUUACAACUAUCUUACCAAAAAAUUAAAAAUUUGUCUCUAUAACAGCUUAAUUAGCAUUGAAAUGUAAUGUACAGGAUUAUGAUUUUCAUUCAAAUGGAUAUAGUGGUGCAUUUUAAGCUGUUCGUAUAGGUAAAUCAAAACUGUAUAGUGCUUUAAUUAUUGAACCUACAAGUAGUGGAAUCAAAAGGAAAUUUAGAUCAUAAACUCCAGAAAGUAUGAUUAUUAAAUAAAAUUAAUAGUGUAUGAUGAAUUAAAUGGUAUUUAGAAUGUGAAAACAAUUUAUUACUUUAUGAUCAUUACCAAUAAAGGUCCAGAAGAACUUUUCAAUUAAAUAAUUUCUAUUGUAGAUAAAGCUAAGGAGUCUGAUCAAAAGAAAUAUUCAUGUACUCCAAUUCCAAAAGAUACAGAGGCUUCAUUUGUAUAAUUACAUUAAAAUUUGGAUGAUAUUAAUUAAGAAGAUCAAGAAUUAGAUUCUAAUGAAUAUGAUUAUAUAGAAUAUGAUAAUGAAUACGAAGAAUUAUCAGAAGAUAUUGAUUCAUUAAAUUACUUUGAAGAAAGUUAUGAAGAAUUAAAUAAUCAAUAAAAUAUAGAGAUGGCGAAUAUUCCUAAAAGUAAAUUAAUUUAAAAUAAUAUAGAUGGAGCAAUUGAAAAUGAUGAAAUAAAAUAAGAAUAGCUAUGA